AUGGCUGACGAGAACUAUCUUGAGGAAGGAUUCGAUCCUCAUGAGCUCAAAGUCACCCAGCUCCGGUCCAUUCUCAGCCGCCACAAAGUGAGGGUACCUUCCAACUCCAAGAAGGCACAAUUGGUCGAGCUUUUCGAGCGUGAAAUCACCCCCAAUGCAAACGAACUCAAGCAAGACGACUCCCAGCUCGUGUCCGACGCCGAUUCCUCCAAGAACCCCGGCGAUGGCGACUCCAAGAUGGAGGACACCUCCACCGACGAGUCUGGCGCGGUGAAGAGCGAUGCUCCUCAGAUCUUGCCCAAGCCAUCAAGAAAGAGACGAAUUGUUUCGGAAACCUCCAAAAAGAAGCGUACCAAGGCUGGUUUGACCUCCAAUUCGAAUGUGACCUCUCCUGAACCAGAAAACGCCUCACCAAAGGCUUCCCCACACGCUUUGCCAAAAUCGCCAAAAACUUCUAAAUUGAAUACCCCCGUUGCUUCUCCAGAACCAGCAGUGAAAGCAAGUCCAAAGAUAGAUUCCAGUCUCGCUUUGCCUAAUGCUGCGGGAACCUCGCAAUUGUCAUCGCCCAAGGUCAAGUCCCCCAAGUCACGCUCAUCAAGAUUAACUUCUCCUAGACUGAUGAAGAAAGAGAAGGUCACCAAGUCCAUCUUUUCUGACGACGAAGAUGAAAACUCUCCUAUCCUUUCUCCUAGACUCCUAACAUCCCCAACUCAUAGUGCCAUCAAGACCAACAAGGUGACAAAGGCCACCCCUAAGAAACAUGUACCCAUUGUGAAACUGGAAAAAUCCCCCAAAGAAGUCACGAAGUCCGAGAAAACGUUCGAUUCAAUCUACGACGAAACGAAGGAUUUCGAUGAAGUCAUCUCGAAGUUGAAGAAAGAAGAACAACAUGAAGUCCAUCCUACAAUUGACUUGAAUUUACCUUCUCGGCUUGGGGUUUCCAUUCAACAACCUCAAUAUUACAUUGACUCGCAAUUAGAAACCCCUAGAAGAUUGAGAUCUUCUGCCCAACCUACACCUAGAAGAACUCCCGCUAGAACCCCAAGACAUAUUCCAACACAUACUCCUAAACCAAAACUAGUUCCGAUCAACAAGAAACAUAGUGAAUUAUCAGAUGACGAUUCUGAAGAUUCUGAUGAUGAUGAAGGUGAAGGUGAACUUGAAGAUAGAAAAGUGGAGGAACCGAGUUCUCAAGAGAGCACAAAAUUGUCCAAAAAGACAUGGGUUCCAGUCUUCUUCACAUUUUUUGCGUGGGUUUUACUAGUUUCAGGGGGACUUUUUGCUUACUGGUACCGUGAGCAAGUCAUUUUGAUUGGAUUCUGUGGCCAAGAGAUCAAUAAGCCUACAUUUCCUAAUACUGAAAAUCAAUACUUGCAAACAUUUGGUGACUACUUGGAUGCGAACUUCAAGCCAAACUGCACACCAUGCCCCAACCAUGCCAGGUGCUUUCCUAAUCUUGAACUUGGAUGUUAUGAAGAUUUUGUUGAACUCAAGCCAUGGAACAACUUCAUUUUCCCAAAUAACAAAAAGUGUAUCCCCGACACCAAGAAAGCAGAAAAGUUGGAAAUUAUGAUAGAUGUUGCAUUGGAUUUGUUGCGUAGCAAGAAUGCAAUCAAGCAGUGCGGAAAGUCAGAAGACAUAGCAGAAGCUGGUAUCAAGAUUGAGGAGCUCCAUGACCUUUUACUUUCGAUGAAAGCCCCAUAUAUUACUGUUGAAGAAUUUGAAGAAUUAUGGCAACGCUCGGUUGUUGAAUUGGAGAAAGAACCUGAAAUAAUUACGGGAUCUUCAGGUGUAUCAUCCACAAAACUUAUUACUAACAUUAACAACACUGAGACCUCGGUACAAACGCAGGACAAGAUUCUUCGAUCAACGUCCUUAUCAAACCUUAGUUUACAGUGCCAAUUAAAAAACAGUAUUGUUGGUUCAAUUGUACAAUACAAGUAUAACUUAAUCAUUAUGCUUAUAAUCUUUUCGAUCAUCAAAUACAUCCAGCAUAAGUACAAUCAGUACAAGGUAGAAUUGAUCAAGAUAGAUAUCAUUUAUAAGGAUGUUCUUUCCAAACUUCAACAUCAGUAUAAGUUGUCAAUCAAUAACCAUCAAAUCAGUCCAUUCAUUGGGUCCACCCAACUAAGAGACCUUAUCUUAACAAAUGAGCACAAUUUAAAGAAACGAGUUAAGAUCUGGACUCAAGUUGUCUACAAAGUGGAAAACAAUACAAAUGUUUCGUGUAAACUCAUUGAAAAUCAUGGGGAGAUUAUGAAGGUAUGGCAAUGGAUAACCGAUGUUGAAGAAUGA